AGCAAAGUAAUUUGUGUUAUUGUAUUAUUAUCCAAUUUUAUCGAAAAAAUUGAAUAUUUAAGUACAUUUAGCGUCUUGCGUAGCCAGUUUUUGUGAAUUACGCUCGCUAAUAAGCCGAAGUCGACUUUUGGCAAGCGAAUCUUCUGAAGUAAAACACCACACGACGCAUUGCCAGCAAAAAUUGCUCUCCGACCAAGAAGGCGACGACUUCCGCGGAAGACACCUGUGCAGAAGCAGCCAUUUAUGGACUUACCAAGAAAUUUGCAUGAUUGCUACUUCUUCUACUAUUCAACAUGUAAAAAAGGAUCCAAUUGCGAGUACCGCCACGAAGCAGCGGCACUCGGUCAUGAGGAAACAUGUAAGUUAUGGGCAGAAGGCAAGUGCUACAAUCGCACCUGCACGAUGCGUCAUAUGAAGAUCGAAAAGCCCCGUUCAGCAACUCCAUGCUUUUGGGAGGACCAGCCCGGCGGUUGUCGUAAACCGCACUGCGUGUUCCAGCACAAGGUCCCUAAACCUUCAGGGCAAACUCCUCAUCAUCCGGCCACGACAAGCAGCAUGAUACCACAACAAGUACCGCAAGCUCCAGCAGGUGGCGGUGGUCCGACGGCCACUACCGCCGCCUCAAGCCACUUACUUCAUACGACUUCACCGGCUGCUGUCGUCCUUGAUUACAAUUAUGCGGCACUGCUACCCCGCAUCAUUUAAACAUUGGUCAAAACAAGAAGAAGAAAAAAGAUGAAUCGAAAAAGCAUCCGGCGGACUCGAAUGGACAGGACAUCAAAGCAUUCUUUCUUCAUGUUGCUCCAUUGUUGCUUACUCAAGCCAGUUUUCAAUAAUUCAAUGCAUCGUCCAUUCGUCAAUGUGUGUGAUUAUGGCAGAAUUAAUAGAGAGUGAAAUGAGCAUACCUGUCAUGAUCCCGUUGCGUCAGCAGAUUACCUAUAUGCUUCAAUUAUUUUCAAAGAUCACACAAUGUGGUAAUUGUUUUUCCAUUAUUAUUAUAAUUUGCAUGUUUUUCGCCCACCUGCACUUCGGCUACAAGAGAAUUAUAUUUCCAAUUUCUACUUUUGAUAAGUCGUAAUUAGGAUAUCCGGAGCAAAACGUAAGCAUUCAAUACCGGUGCAUUAUAGUAUACAAUUUCUGCCAGUGUUAUUUCUAUGCUGCUAAUGCGUAUUCAUCAGUGCAAUAGAAAACAAUUGAUGGAUAACUUUGAAACGAAGAAGAUCGCGUGUCCUUGGUUUCCAAAUCGAUUCCAACAUGAAACUAUCAGUUAAAUAUUUGCUAAUUGUUUUUGAAACAAGCAAUCGUAUAUCAGCAAAAAUUAUCGUUUAUUCACACAGGUGUGUUGUUAUAAAAUCUAUGCAUUAUUACCUUAAUUUAUACCCUGCAUUAAUAAAAUAUCUUGAAUAGAAGCUUUUUGUUUUUCUCUAAACAACUAGGUUUUUUCGCAUUAAAAUAUAUAUAUUUUCAAUUGCAUAAGCUAAUUAGUCCUAGUGUAGACAAAAGCUAAUCUAGUGAAUAUAGCCUACAUCAUGCUAACAACAGUUGUUUUCAACUAGAAGUUCUAAAGUCGCACUAUUCUAUAAAAUGUCAAGUAUAUAGUUAUUGAAGGAAAAUGAACAUAGCGGCACGUUUUCACAUCUUUACAUUUGUAAUGAAGAAAGUUUUUGAAACUCAAACUGUCGUAAUCGUUAAAAUUCUUAUUUCAAAAGUAUUUCUCUAAUAAUGAUCGUAGUAGCAAUAAACUAGCUAAAAAACGACAUAAAAAUGAACCUCUCUCUCUUUUGUUUUCAUUACAUGCUACAGGACACCAUUAAGAACUGUUUGACGAAAUGUAAAAUCAUAGCAAAAUUUAAGAUAUAUUACCUAUCUAACGAUGCUUUAGCUAUUCUGAUACAUUUCAGUAGUAGUUACGUUUCGCCAAGUUGGAGUUCUUUCACUUAAACAUGAUAAUUAGCGGAAUAAAAGAAAGUAAGCAUACCUACUAAACUAAGAAAAAAAAAAUAGUUACAGAAAAAUGCCUGGCAUAUAAUACUGACACGAAAAAUAGACCUAUUUUAUUAAUUUACUCCAAUCAAUAAAACAGAAACGAUAAUGAUCCGAAGAAGGCAAACCACACGGCUUUGGUGUUUGCAUUGUUUUUCUUUAAUUUUGAUACAAAUUUCAUGCCAAUCUCGUUAUCACAAAAAUAUAAAAAAAAAACAUAAAUAUUAUGACAAUUGAUAAAAGAAAAUGUAUAAUAUUUCUAAACCCCUGCACUACAGAGAAUGGUAACUAAAACUUAAGAUAGAGCCACAAUAAUUGCAAGACCGUGUUAGCUAAAAAUUAAAAUAAAAUAAUUUAAUAAAAAUCAGAAUUGUCAAGUGAAGUAAGUGCAGAAAAACCGGAGAUAAUUUGCUAAACAAAAUUGAAUAACACUAAAAUACCACAACUAUAUAUACUAAAAAAAACAAAAGUUUGGAAGUGUAAGUCUCAAAAAGAAUAUCAAUAAAGCAACAAAAACAACACGAACAUUACAUUGUUUUGUCUA